UUGAGGUUAAGUGCACUGUGUGGCCACGUGUCAUGCAAAAAAGAGAAUAAACUAGUUGCAGUGUUGUGUUAGAGAUUUAAUUUACGAUAAUAUAACCAAUUCAUUUUAAUUUUUGAAUGGAGUAGACAGGAUUGCUUUAUACUUGGAUUUUAAAGAAACGUGUUGCUAUCGGAAUGGAGAAAUUACAAAAAAUGUAUAUGGAUUACAAACGAUGGGUGAUUACGAAUCCCUGGCUAGUGACGGACAUAGAAACAUUAGCGACGUGGUCUUCUUAUUUUAUGGCGGUAAAUAAGGACAAAUCACCUUUAACAUCAGAACUGGUGUACUCGCUCACCAAACUCGUAUCGUUCCAUAACGACAGGAUUUUACGAGAAACUUAUGAUACUGAGGACCUUUAUUACGGUCAGCGGGACCAGAUCAAAAUGUGGUUAACUAUAAUUCACUACAGUGAAGUUUUUAUUGAAAUGCUAGUGAAAAACAAAUGCGGAUCGCAAGCUAAAUGGACGGUCGUAACAUUACUGCAAGUUUUUAAAUGUUCUUCAGCUCUUGUUUUGCUGUUCAGGUUCAAGGAGUUGCCAAUACAGCAUCCACCGAUACCGGUGUUACGAAGGAAGGAACUCAUUGAAGGAAGAAAGAUUGACCAGAACUCUAAUACAUGUUUUGUUCUACCAAGAUCGGGACGAGUAAUGAGACGUGUUGUUGGAUCUCAAAGCGUCGCUUUCCGUGACUGGGAGCCCAUGAAAAUAAAGGAAGAUUCUGGAGCGUCAAACGUGAAAGAUCUGGUUUUUGCUGAGUCAUUGCAUAUCUUGAAGCCUUUAAUACAUUUAGCAUCUAUGAAAUUAUUUGGUACUAAAUCGUGGAAGCAAUGGCUUGUAGCCCUUUUUGUGGACAUGGUUAGUAUGAAAUUGUACACCACAUACAAAAAAGAGCUAUCUCAUGAACAGCAAUUGGAAAUCAGUCGCAGGAAUUUGGCUCUAGUCUUCUAUCUCUUAAGGAGUCCAGUUUAUAAUAGUUUUACAAAGAAUGUCAUAGAAAAUAUCCCUUUUACGUCAUUUAUACACCACGCAGUUCUUCAUUAUAUGCGUCAUUGGCAGGACAUCUACUUGUGCAUGUGGUCUUCAUAAAUAUCUUCAAAGUUAAAUAUAAAUGAUAAAGAAAAUGUGCCAAAUAUCUGGAAUGGGACUUUUGUGUUGUAUUAUUGUGAGUUAAUUAGCUGUCUAGGCGAACUUCGACUCGUCCUUUUGUUGAAUGUGAUAUUUUUUCGAUUUGUUUAUGUAGAAAAACUUAUUCUCGAUUCUGUUAUUCAGAAAGGAAAAUCGAUCUCAUAAAUUAUGAUCCUAUGAUUAAUAAAAUAUGGUCCUAUAUCAUAUUAUAUACUCGUAAGUACAUAUCCAUGUUGUACCGACCUAUAAGAUAAGUUAUUAACAAUAAUAAAUCAAUUAUCUCAAAUACGCUUUAUUAUUUAAAAAACUUAAAAAGAUCUUAAAAGUAUCACCACGCAACGGAACCAAUAAAUAAAUAAA